CCGUAGUCAAUGGUGAAGAAGGUUGAGAACACGGCGGCGGGAUCCUCUCCGGCGUUACCGCCGUCAAAGAAAAAGUACAAGGGUGUCAGAAUGCGAAGCUGGGGCUCAUGGGUUUCCGAAAUUCGAGCGCCAAAUCAAAAGACAAGAAUUUGGUUAGGGUCUUAUUCGACGGCGGAAGCCGCGGCGCGUGCAUACGACGCGGCACUUUUAUGUCUCAAAGGCACCUCCGCCUCCACCAGUCUUAACUUCCCCGAAGUUGCUAACUCCGUUCCCGUUUCCGAUUACUGUCACUUCCGUCGUUUACAUCAUCACAUUGAUUCCUCCGAUGAUAUUAUGUCUCCUAAAUCCAUCCAACGUGUGGCGGCUGCUGCGGCUAAUGGCUUCCCGGAAAAUGUCUCUGCCGUUGUUACUCCCCAAUGCUCCACCGUUUCGUCACCUUCCGAUCAAGCGGAUGAUGACGUGUCGGUCAUAUUUGAGAAUCCGACGGCGGAGAUGGAAUCUUGGUGCCAUUAUUUUGAUUCGCUUCAGUCGCCGAAGUACGUUACCGAAAUGAUCACCGGAGAUUGGUUCGAUUUCGAUUCAAUGCCGGAGGCUGAAAUUGACGGUUUUUACGACGAGGAAUGCGACAUCAGUUUGUGGAGCUUCUGCUGAAAAAAAAAAAAAAAAAAAAUUAAAAUCGAUAAUUAAUUUUACCAAAUAUUAUAUUUCUUUUUCUUUUUUUAAUUAAAUAUCUUCGUAAUUUACGUGAAGAUAUUACUGACAGUGACCAAAA